UCUAUAAAAUCUCUCUUUCCUCUGUUUUUUCUCUCCGAACAACUUUGGACUCUGCAAAAUCCCUUCUGGGUCUUCCCUAAAUCUCACAAAUUUUUCAUCUUUCUCUGUUUUUCUCACUUGGGUUUUCGCCCAUGGCUGCUUAUACUUCCUGGGUGGAUUCUGUUGACACUUCUCUCGACCUCAAUCUCAACCCUCUCAGAUUCUCCGGCGACGCUCCGGUGGGUGGUUCCUCUUCUCUUUUCUCGCACAAGGAGAAGAACUAUUUGGAUCUUGAGAGGAAGGUUUCUGUCAAGGAAGAGACUGGGGCUUUGAUGGAGGAACUGAAGAGGGUGAGUGCAGAGAACAAGAAAUUGACUGAAAUGUUAACUGUUGUGUGUGAAAAUUACAACACUUUGAGAGGGCAUUUGGUGGAGCAAAUGAACAAAAAUGGGGAAAAGGAGAUUUCUUCUUCGAGGAAGAGGAAGUCUGAGAGCAGCAACAACAAUAUGGUUGUAAAUGGAAUCAAUGGGAAUUCUGAGAGUAGUUCCUCUGAUGAAGAGUCCUACAAGAAGCCAAAAGAGGAAACUAUUAACAAAGCUGCUAAAACCACUAGAAUUCAAGUCAAAAUUGGAGCUUCUGAGUCAAAUCUGGUUGUUAAAGAUGGUUAUCAAUGGAGGAAAUAUGGCCAGAAGGUCACUAGAGAUAAUCCUUGUCCUAGAGCUUAUUUCAAGUGCUCUUUUGCCCCAAGCUGCCCUGUGAAAAAGAAGGUUCAAAGAAGUGUAGAAGAUCAAUCAAUUCUUGUAGCCACCUACGAAGGGGAGCACAACCAUCCACACCCAUCUCACAUGGAGGCGACCUCCGGCGCCGCCCGCUCCCUGAGCAUCACCCCGGCGCCGCCCGGCUCCUCGGCGGCGCCGGCCAUUUCCCUCGACCUGGCGGCGAAGCCCAAUCCAAGCACCGACCCUAAAACCUCCUCCAAUCCAAGAUUCGACUCGCCGGAAUUGCAACAGUUUCUCGUCGAACAGAUGGCGUCUUCCUUAACGAAGGACCCCAAUUUCACGGCGGCGCUCGCGGCGGCGAUUUCAGGGAAAAUUUUUCCGCAUUAAUUAAUCUCGAUCGGACUUUCGAAGUGUAAAAUGGGACUUUUUCCUUGAGAUUAAUCUGUAAAUACACACCGAAGAAAAAGAAGACAAGAUUUGACAGGUCGUAGUAGAACUGUAGAAGAUAGUCUGAAAGUUUGAAAUGAAAAAAAGAAAAACGUUAAAAAAGAGUACAAAAAAUGGGCGAAAACAGAGGAUUCAAUUUGGGUACUUGGUCGACGUUUUUGGGCCGUCGGAGGAAUUAUUGUUUCAAAUUUGUAAUGGCGAAAUUCUUCAAGCAAUUGAAUGAAUUCGAUAUCAAUGAAUAUUCCCUCGCAAAGUUUUCAAUUUGUCAA